AGCUGAGCCGAUGAGAUCAUGGAGCCUGCGCCGAGGUCGGACAGGAUACGGUUGGGACUUCACGGUGAUGGAGAGGUGCCUGUCCGUUUGAGUGGUGACUCGAGUUUUCUCUUCGCGGCAACAGCUGGCUUCCAACUCACAAUGUCCAUGAUGUCCUGCACUGUAGCUGAAACCACAAGACCUCUGGCCUGUAAGUCUGGGAGCCCUCUAACCAACAGUCUCUGCCAAUUUAUUCUAAUAGGACUAAAUAAGACUCAGCCUCAAGCCCUAAACAAUCAAGGAUGGACAGGUGAAAACUGAGAGGCCGAGAUGUGGCCUUUAUUAUAAACCUUAUUAUUCGGUCUGGUUCCAUUGAGGGGCAUGCUAAUAUUCUCAACCAUAACAGUCUCUUCUCAGAAGUCCACUUUCGCCAUAUAAAAAAUGCCUUUAAACAUUAGAGCCAAGCCCGCGCAGAGCAAGCUGUUGGCUGCCCCAAAGAGUAGUGGACACACUGAUGGCGGCACAUCUCAUUCACGCUUUUCCAGAUCCCCCAAACAGGGGAAAGGCAAACCGGCUGUAACCUCAGCACUAGGCUCCCGCUCUGGGCUAGAACCUGGCUCUGUGUCAGGGGGUGGGCCUGCACCAGCGUCUAAAUUGGCUGGAGGUCAAGGGACGGUGUCAAGGCCAGGUCCAAAGAUCAAACCUGGCACAGCAGCAGACAAAGGAGCAACUCGUGGUUCAGCGACCGCUCCAGGGGGUAAAACCCUGUCUAUGGAGAACAUCCAGUCUUUGAGUGCCGCCUAUGCCACUUCCGGCACCCUGUACCCCUGUGAGAGAGAUUCCUUGGAACCCUCUGGUGGGUACCCAAAAGGCACCAUGACGUUAGGAAGAAGCACCAGCCGCUCCUCCUACACUAACCGAACAACAGCCAUGGGCAGCACGCCAAACAUCACCUCCUCUGGGCUACAUCACCCGUCAGAGCCCUACGGAGACCAAACCUUGCAUCCUGCAAGGACUUCCAGCCUGCGGCGCCAGUCUGGGAGACGUCCACAGGCAUUGGAUUCAAGUGGACGAGGAGAGGUUGCCUCGUAUGAUCUCCAGUCUCAGCUGAGGGAGCUGCAGAUGGAUAAUGACAAUCUGAGGAGAGAACUGGAUGUAGGGAGGGAUGGAAGGACAGGCCCCGGCAUGAACAAUGUCAACUUCUGGAGCCCAGAUGUGAAAAGAGACAAGGUGGUAAGGCGGGAGGAGGGAGUGAGGACCUCGCUUUUGAAGGACCAGUACAGAACUAACCAAGAGGAUUUGCAGCCUGGGGAUAUCAGAAGAAACAAGCAGCUUCCGUUGACAGUUCAGGAGCUUCAGGAGGAGCUGAGGGCUCACAGGGAGAUGAACAGUCGCUUGCAGCAACAGCGACAGCAUGGGAAAUCUGGCUCUUAUCGAGAACUGCAUACAGACCAGGACCACAGAGGGGGGCUCAGUCCUGGCCACAGCCCCAGACAAAGCUCCAGCAACCUGCACAGUCCUGGGCCGAGGAAUAGCCCGAGAGUCAGCCCAUCUAACACCUACAAUCCGAGGCAACAGGAAGCUGAUGUCAUCAUUCACAGCCCUGGUUAUGGUUGUAACUCUGCAGUAGCUGCGCAGAGAAUCAGCCCUGCCAACACCCUUCACCCUGGGCCUAGAAACAGCCCAAAUCAGCCCGUCUACACUCAUAGCCAUGGUCCGGUGGUAGCGCACAGCUCUAGUUCACUCCGGCCCCCUAGCCCCUGCCAGGUGCCCGGGUGUGAUGGCUUGUCCUCGUCUCCCCCACUAGAUCCAUCAGAGGAGAAUUUCUUCCGGCUACAGUCGGAGCACGAGCGGCAGGCCAAGGAGCUGUUCCUGCUGAGGAAGACCAUGGAAGACAUGGAGAUGAGAAUCGAUUCCCAGAAACAGACUCUGGGCGCCCGGGACGAGAGUAUCCAGAGGCUGCUGGAAAUGCUUCAGGGCCAAGGUCAAGGUCAAAGUCAAGGUCAGGGACACUUGAGUCGGGGACAGCGGACAGGCAUCAUAACCAUGGCGGCGCAGGAGGCUGAAACGCAGCUGGAGAACAUGCAUGUGAGAGAGGACACCAAGAUCUCCUCCCUGGAGAGGAACAUCAGAAACCUAGAGGAUGAGGUCCAGAUGUUAAAGACCAGCGGCCUGCUGCACCCCGGCGACAGGCAGGAUGAGCUCAAGCAGGUGGAGGUCUACAAGAGCCAUUCUAAAUUCAUGAAGACUAAGAUAGAGCAGCUGAAGCAGGAGCUGAACAGGAAGGAGACAGAGAUGCAGACCCUGCAGACCAAACUAGAAACACUGACCAAUCAGAACUCAGACUGCAAGCAACACAUCGAGGUGCUAAAGGAGUCGCUCAGCGCCAAGGAGCAACGGGCCAAUACACUGCAGACAGAGGUAGAUGCUCUGCGGGUGCGUCUGGAGGAGAAGGAGCAGUUACUGACCAAGAAGACGAAGCAGCUGCAGGACCUGACCGAUGAAAAGAGCACACUAACAGGAGAGAUCCGAGACAUGAAGGACAUGCUGGAUGUCAAGGAGAGGAAGGUUAAUGUCCUGCAGAAGAAGAUUGAGAACCUGUUGGAGCAGUUAAAGGAUAAGGACAAACAGCUGGCUGGGUUGAGGGAAAGGGUCCAGGGCCUUCAAACUGACUCCAGCAACACAGACACAGCCCUGGCCACACUGGAGGAAGCCCUAUCAGAAAAGGAGCGAGUGAUUGAGAAUCUGCGCGAACAGAAGGAGCGGGAAGACAGGGUUCGGAUGGAGGAGCUGGAAUUGAUGAGGAAGGAGAACCAAGUAUUAAAGGACAAACUUUCAGCACUGCAGCCCUUGAAACUGUCCCAGAGUCAGCCUGCUAACCCCCUCCUGAUCCAGAACCAGAAGCCUGAUGGAGAGGUGCCAGCCAAAGUAGACGGGCUCCCAGCACGAAGCCCUACGACCCAAAACAUGGAUGAAGCAGUCCGGAAGUGUCCAGACAUCACAGAUCGUCUGAGGCUUCUAGAGCAGGAAGUGGCUCGCAACAAAGAGGAUUCUGGGAAGUCACAAGUGGAGGUUGAGAGGCUAAUGAUAGCACUGAGGGAUGCUGAAUUGGACAAAUUGUGCAAGGAGAAGAAAAUCGCUGAUCUUGAGAGACCUGGGCAAAUCAAGUCCCCGAACAUCCAGAAGCAGACGGUGGCGGGUGAGAUGAGCAAAGACGCCCUGAUUGAUGGACAUCCACACUCUUUAUCACAGUUGGAGGAGCUGAUGGGGGCUUUAGAGAAGACACGCCAGGAGCUGGAUGCCACCAAGCUGCAUCUGUCCUCCACUCAGCAGUCCCUGCACGAGAGGGACGGACACCUUAAUAGUCUUCGCCAGGAGAGACGAAAACAGCUGGAGGAAAUUCUGGAGAUGAAGCAGCAGGCUUUGUUGGCCGCCAUCAGUGAGAAGGAUGCUAACAUCGCCCUGCUGGAGUUAUCCUCCUCCAAACGGAAAAAAGCCCAGGAGGAAGUGAUGGCUCUGAAGAGGGAGAAAGACAGGCUCAUGCACCAGCUCAAACAGCAGACUCAGAGCAGAAUGAAGCUGAUAGCGGAUAACUACGAGGAAGAUCACAUCCACCCCCAGCAUCAUCCGCAUCAUUCUCACCACUUGCAUCCAGCAAACGUGCAUCACCGAAGCCUGCCAAGAGGGGCCCCCCAUACCAAUCACCGACCCCCUAUGGACCAGGACGAUGAAGAGGGAAUAUGGGCAUGAUGACCAUUGCCAUGGAAACCCUGCAUCCAUUGAUCCACACUACUUGUAGGUGUAGGCCAGGUACCAAGAUGUUCAAGAGCUUCAACUGCAAGCUAAACACUGAACCGGCCCAUACCUCCCCACCAUCAUGUGACCAGACAUAUACACACAUUCUCCAGGACACACCAUUUCAAUGUGUUAUGGACACGUUCAGCGUUCAGCCAGUCAGAUAUUCUCCCAUCUUAUUAAUGAAUGUCACGUUCGUUGACAAAUGCAAUGGCCCACUGAGGGUGGGAGAAUGUCCCUCACAGGACCAUCAGUCAUCAGUGUGGAGCUUCAAGGUAUUGGCAAGCGGCCUUUAUUUCCCUAGCUGUUUUCAAUAGACUGGGAGCUGGAUUCAUUUUACAGUGCUGCGGGUGCUACAGAGUUCUGGCUUAACAUCAACCGGCAAUCACUCCACCACUGUCGACUACUGGUGCGGCUAAGCUGAGCCAGUGGAACUAGUUGUAAACCCAUGCCAAUCCAGGACUGGUUUAUGAUGGCAUGAAUGUGUUUACUUCUGCAGCUAAAUAUCAGACUUUUGUAAAUACAACAACAUGGACCUCAAAAUCCACAAUCCACAGAGACCUUCUCAAUGUACAGUGCCAAAGGAGACAACCCUGUCUGCUGAAACAAAUGACUGGAGUCAUUCGGAAUACCCAGUAAACCGCCCUAGUUACUCAUUUCUUUGACUAUCCCCCACUUCCUGCUGAGAGAUCAACAAGGAAAGGCAACGUUGGGCUUAAAGAUGCACUAUAAAAACAGUUUGAGCAUCAGCUUACACCUUCUCUAAAAACCAGGACCCUUAUUAACACGGAAGGACACACGGCUGACCUUAAAUCAGCCGGCUCACUGUAAGAACAGUCUGCUUAUCCAUUUCUCCUUGUGUUUUUUUUUGCCUGCUGUGCGUUUGUUUAAUGAACCAAUAUUAUGUUCUGUUAGUUUUUCUACAUAUGAAACAUUUUUGAGUGCCACUCUUAUUUUAUUUAUUUUUUAAAGCUGUGUGUGACUUAUUACGCUGACGAGUGAUGUAUUAUUUUGUUGUCUAUUUUGUUGAUCCUGUGAAUCUGAGUAGAGAAUCUGUUCAUAAGGAAGUGACUUGCAUUUUAAAGCACUGUGUCAUUACUUUGUUCACUGUACUGGAGGUUGACGGUAAUGUACAGUGUUGUGUUUUGAUUCAACAGCUACAGUGUUUCCAUUUGGCCCUUACCUAACAUGUACAGUUUUUGUACAGUGUGUGUGCAUGUGUGUGUGUGUGUGUGUGUGUGGUUUCAUGCUGCGCUCAUGAUUGUGAUGACUGUGAAAGUUUGGGGGGUAACACUCGGUAUUCACCCUUGACUUCUUCCACAGUGUUUUGCGGUGGUCAGCUUGUUUCUGUUGUUUGAAUAAAAGUUGUUUUCA